UAAUUCGUAAUUAACAACUAGAUAAAUUGAGUUCAAAAUUAAUAUACAGUUUGCGUUUGUAAAUUGCAUAUGAAAUAACAAUGUUCGCCUUCAACCUAGUGAACGAAUUGAAAGAAGCGAAAAAGUGCAAUAGGAUCAAUUCCCUCGAAAAUUCCAAAACACCAAAUAUUUAUUUUCUUUUUUUUGUUCAACGUCGUCGUGACAUCUUUUGAAGUCCUGUUUUCAAGUUGAUUCUAAUGCCUGAUUAUUUGGUAGCGGUGGAAAAUUCUUUACUCAUGAUUCUUUAAUUUGAUUUUGUGCAGAAGAAAUAUCAAGAUUGCCGGUUCCUUUGUCAAUCAGAAUAUAAUAUAUAAUACUUGACAUUCAUUAUUAAUACUGAGGUACUUCACUUGCACUUCAAGUAGUUUAUCAGGUAUUGGUAUUAUAUUCAGAGAAGACUUUUCAUGCAAUUCAAAAAUUAUGGAUUUGAAAAUAGUUGUUGGGAAUAUAGCUACGUUUUUUACUAUAGGUGUUUUUCUAGCUGGCAUUGAAAUUUGCCGUAAAAUAUGGUUAAAGAAGUCAACAAAUGAUAUAUCGGCUUUGCCUUUUCUUUGUGGUUUAGUGAGCUGUUCGUUUUGGUUGAGGUAUGGACUCUUACGAGGAGACUCUGCUCUCAUACUUGUAAAUUUUGUUGGAGGCUGCCUGCAAAUUUUAUACAUUGUGUGGUAUGCCAAAUUCACUCUUAGUAAAGCCAGGUUUACAAAACAAUUGCUUGCAACCUUAUUUGUCAUAGGAAUUCUAUAUUCCUAUACUACUUAUUUUGCCUCUCCUGAAGAAGCGGAAUAUUUUGCUGGAAUAGCUGCAUGUGGUGCUGGAGUGGUUUUUAUGGCCUCCCCAUUAGCAGCUGUGGCUCAUGUUUUAAGGACUAAGAAUGUUGAUACUCUACCCUUCAUGAUGAUAAUGUGUACAUUUAUUAUGGCUACAUUGUGGUUUUUGUAUGGAGUUCUAGUUGAAGAUAAAUUUGUACAGGUUCCAAAUUUUCUUGGUGCAGUGCUGGCUUUAGCUCAAUUAAGUCUUUUUGCCAUGUAUCCAAACAAAAAAAUGUAUUUAGAAUUAGGGAAUGUUGCAUGACAUAAAAAGAAGUGAACUUUGUUAUUGUUGUAAAUGCACAAUUGUUUAUAUAGGGUGAUUUUACUAACAUGGACCAUAUGUCUUAUUCAGGAGGAUAAGGCUAGAAUUUCAGACAAUUUUUUUUUAACUAGCUUUGUGUUUGUUGUUGGUGUGCCAUGAAAUAAUUAAAGUAUUAGUGACAAUAAUUAGAGUACUUAAAUAUCAUUAAAAACAACAUUUGAAAUUACAAAUGGCAAAUAUUUUAUUAAAUCCUAUUCUUUUUUCAGUGUAACUAUGCUACACCUUAAUCAGUAGAAUAAAAAGUACGGCAGUUUAAAUGUGACAGUGGUUAUGUCAGACUACAGAGAUAAAUGAACUGUUAAAGGUUUUAGCAGGAUAUUUAUCUCUAGUAUGACCAACUUAUGUUAAAUUAAAUCAUUUCGGUUUGAUCAUCCCUGCCUUUUAUCCUACUGAUGAAAAUGUGCCAUUGUGACACCAAUAAGUUAAUGAAAAAAUUACCAUUUGAAAUUUUGAAUGUUGUUUAUAAUGAAAUUUAAUGCUAUCACAAUUACUUACUCUAGUAAUUUUCUAAGUAUAGUAUUUAUUACUAAAUUACAUGUUUAAAUAUUUCAACUUUUUAAAUUUGAAAUAUGUCACAAAGUUUGCUUACUGUUAAUGGGUUUUUUUUUUUUUAGUAAAGUGUUAUUUUAGUAUGUAUGACUUUUAUAUUUUAUGUAAUAUAAAUCUGUUGUAUUCAAACGAAAAAUUAAAUUUUCUUUGAAAGCAUGAUAAUAGAAAUUUUAAUAAUAUCAUUAUUUGCUUGUAUAUGAAGGUUGUAGAAACAAUGUUAAGGAGAUACAAUAGUAUUAUUCUUAGUUUAUCAUGAAAGCACAAACAGCACUGAUUGAAACAGUUCAUCAUUAAGGAGUAUUUUUUAAUUGUGAUAUGAGGUAUGUAGUCAUUAUUUUUGCUUCUUAAGUUUAUUUGUAUCAAGUAGCUAAUUACAAUUAUAAUCAGCAUGAAGCAUUAAUUUCAAACAUAAUUUAAUCUCACGAAGCAUUAAUUUCAAACAAGGUUUACAAGGCCUUAAAAAAGUGCUUAAGUUUUAUUCAAAUUUUCAAGGGCUCCUAAAUUUUUUUCUAAAUAAUUUUUAGUCCUUGAAAAAGGAACAUAUUUGACACCAAAACAAAAAUUCUAUGUUCAUAAAUUUUUUAAAUUAUCCACAAUUCAUGUAUUCACUGCUUUCAGUUCUGACAUCAAAUGUUAACUUUACACUUGUUACUGAUAUAGCAUAAAUGUGCUUAUCAUUAUUUGGCAAUUCCUAAAGUAUCUAACAACUGUAAUUUUUUCAUUGAUGAAAUAUGAGGAAAAUAGAACUGAAAACGAAAAUAUAUACCUUAAAAAAAAACUGAGUUGAAUCUUUUUGUUUAUAAAAUAUCUUUAAAAUUUUUAGACAUGAUGCUUAGCUUGUGACUUUAGAUUUACUCAAAUUAUCUUCAAGUGGUUUCUAAUAGGGUCUGCAAAAUGUGAAAAAAAGAAAGACUUUUAUUUAUUUAAAUAUUUUUUGUGUUUUUUAUGUUCUUUAAUUGUUUUCGUCUUCUUUAAAUAUUUCUUCAAUUUUGAAAAGAAUUUUUUUCUUCUUUUCUUCAAUUUAAAAGGUUGUUGAAAUUGCUAAUUUUUUCUUUAAAAGUUUUAAAGAUUUUGAAUUUUGUUUUAAAUAAAGAGUAAAAACCCUGAUACAUUUUUUUUUUUAAUAAUGACAUUCAGAUCAAGAGUUAAUUCCUUGAUACAAAAGAACAGCACACUAAUUUUUUUUUCUUUCUGAAAUAUAUACAUGUGAUUUAUUUAUUGUUAGUGUUAUUUUUUUGUUUUAACAUAUUUAUUUGUUAAUCUGUUAUAUUUUUCUUGCUGCAAUUAUUGUAAUACAAAAUAACUUAUAAUAUUACAUCAAUACUGUUUUUAGAAUAAUUUUUAUAUAUUAUAAUAGUUAUUAUAUAGUAUCUUGGGUAUAUGAUAAUAAUAAUUGCAGUAGAAUCUCUUAAAUUUAAAACCCAGUGCUCUGAAAUUCCGCCAAAUUUAUAUAAAAUUCUUGUUAGUAUAUAUAUAAAGCAUUAACUGCGUGAAAAAUGUACAUAAGGAAAAUUAUGUGAAAUAUCAUCAGUUUCGAUCAGAAUUUCUGAUAAUACUUUUAAGACUCCUUUAUUGAAUUAUUAAAAUUAUUUUUAAGUUUCAUUAAAAACAGCUUUGAAAUUUAAAAAUAUAGACAUUUUAAAAAUCAGUUUUCUAAAAGUAUUGCAAAUAUUUAUAUAUUACUUUUUUGUGACUAUUAUGUGUUAGAUAUUUGAAUUAUAUUAACUCAAGACGUUCCUUGUACUUAUUGAUUUACAUGGGGAUUAGAUCUAGUUUAUUUUGUUGUUAUUUUUAUUAUUUGUCGUGUCUAUUUAUUGAAACUGGUGAGCAGGUAUCAUUUUAUUUCUUUAUCAAGGCAAUGGAUUUUGUGCAACUGGGACGUUAAGAAAUCCCUUUCAAGUUUAUUUAUGUAUGGUUUUAAUUAUAAAACCAUUUUAAUUCUAGUCCAUUAAUGCAAACAUUGGUCCUUUUUAUACUUUUUGCAUUUACCUCACUAUAUUCUUCAGUUUCUUCUAUGUAUUCUGAGCUUGUUUUAAAUGGCAUCGAAUUAAUAAGUAACAGUAUUAAAUAUUAUGAAACACACGAGGAAUUAUUAAACAUAAUAUCUUCCUAUAUGUAUUUGGACACCUUUGAUAUUAAAAAAAGUUAUCCAGAUUCAAUUGUUGGUUGAGCCUGUAAUGUGCUAUAUUGGCAUCAGCGGUGCGCAACGUCGGGACUUUUCCAUUUGUUACGUACAGAUAAGCACAUAGUAAACUUUCAACUCACUUCUCCUUAACUACAGGGGGUUGAACCACUGGGUGCUUCAAAAUAACACCAAUUAUAUGCAGGAAAGACUAUUAAGAUUCCUUCAUUGAAAAGUAAUUAUUUCAAGUAAUCUGGACAUCCUCUUGCACCUAACAGUGCACAUGGUGUACCCUCUGUGUUCUAGAUGGCGUUGUCAUCUUAAAAGUUACAUGUCCUUAACUUUUAAAAUUGCCGCAAUGUAGAAAGCAUAAUGUCUUCCAAAACAGCACAGUAGUUGUGUGCCUAUGUUAUGUUCACCUUAAAUUCGAAUCAAGAGACCUGGUUCGUACCAUGAAAAUUCGUUCUAGAUCACCUGCAUAAUACAGGGGUGUCCAAAUACUAAUUGUUAUUGAGUGUAAAAUUCUGUAAUGAAACAAAAUUUUAAUGGCUGACUGAAAAUUAUUUUAAGUUAAACAUCAAUUAACCAUUGCAUUUUCAAAUGUUAAAAUUUAAAUAAAAUAUUUAUCAGUA